UGUGACUGGCCCGAGCGCAGUGUACAGUGGUAUUAGCGAGCUCUCGUUAGCACAACGAUACAGUUUAACUCGGUAGAAACAGUUCACUCAUGCUAAAUCCUUACGAUACUUAAUAAAAACAUAUGAGUAUUCAUAGUUGUGAUGAAUUAAACGGCUUUUAAAAAGUGCUAGUGUUGUCUAAGCUAGGCCUCGGUUUAACUGCUCUGCAAAUGAAAGUAUGGAGAACGACCCAAAAUGUAAACAGUGUUGUUAAACAUCUUUGGGGAUUAAUCUGAUACUUUUGGGGACCUACACAAGCGCGAUUCAUGUCGCUUGCUAAACCGUUUGAUCUGGAAUUUCAGAAUGAACGGUACGCAGCAAAAUGACCUGAAAAGACAAAACCUGUUAGAGAGACUUCUUGAUGCAGUUAAACAGUGCCAAAUUCGCUUUGGUGGCAGAAAGGAGAUUGCCUCAGAUUCUGAUAGCAGAGUCAUAUGCCUAUGUGCCCAGUUUGAAGCAGUACUUCAACACGGCUUGAGGAAAAGUCGCGGUUUAGCCCUCACAGCAGCUGCCAUUAAACAUGCUGCUGGAUUUACUAGUAAAACUGAAGCAGAGCUGACGUUCUGGUUUUAUGUGAAGGAGCACCUCAACCGUCAUGAGUUGCAGCGCUUCUACUCUCUGCGGAAUAUCACAUCUGAGCAGGGCCGGGGCCGGGCAUGGCUUCGUUGUGCCCUGAACGAACACUCGCUAGAGCGCUAUCUUCACAUGCUUUUGGCAGACCAUGCCCGCCUUAGUGCCUUCUAUGAAGACUGGGCUUUUGUCCUGGAUGAGGAGAGAGCCAGUAUGCUGCCCACCAUGGCUGCAGGGCUCAAUUCCAUACUGUUUGCCAUCAACAUCGACAACACAGACCUAAAUGGCCAGGCCCGCGGGGGGUCGUCUGUGUCCCACCUGCUUAAGGAGUCCACACAGGGCAUGAGCAGUUUGUGGAAAGAGUCUACUCAAGGUGUCAGCACCCUUCUGCGGGAAAUUGGUACUGCCACUGCGGUGGUUCCUGGUUUUAUCCCUCGCUUGGAUGCUUCAUCAGACCCGCUGCCCGUCCUGCCCCGCAGCACUUCUGCAGAUUCUGGUUUAAGAAAAGAGCGCAGACGUAAAAAGAAGAUCACGAACAUUAUCUCUUUUGAUGAUGACGUGGGUAUGGAAGAUGAGGACGAGGCUGGUGAGGACUUUGUGAGGAGUCUUAGGAAGAGUACAGUGGGUCAUGUGAGUUCUGAAGAGGCUCUGGAACCUCCGGACUCUACCUCUCCCAUUCAUAACGGCCCGACUGAGCCUGGGAUCGUGAGCUGGGCUGAAACACCCCCGCAGAACGGAGUGCUGCCUGAUACCAAGAGCAUUGACAAUGAGGAGGAGGAAGAGGACGAUAUUUAUGGAAAGAGCAGGCCUGAGCCCUCAGAAGAGGAUCAUGGGAAUGGGGAGCCGAUGGUUGUUGGGAGUUUAUCCAGUGUUUCCACAUGGAGUCCAAAGCAAAUCAUCACUGAUAAUGACAAUGACAAUAACAACUCACACAUUCUCAUACCUCUGGCCCCCAGCGAGCCCUACACACAACAAGCUGGUCAUUCAGUUGAGAAUGUCGAAUUUUAUGGACAGAAGGAGAGCUCAAGCCCACCAACUGACAGUGAAAAACGAAGCCAACUCCAGUUUAGCAUGGAGCCUGACUUGUCAGCGCAGAUUGCGCCUGUGACCAGUGUUCUGCCGACCCCUGGCCUUCCAGAAUCCAUGACCGUUGCUGAACUGCGGCAAGCCAUUGUGGCCAUGAUGAACAGGAAAGAUGAACUCACUGAGCAGAACACGUCUCUGCGCAGUCUCCUGGAUGGAGAGAUGGAGCACUCUGCUGGGCUCAGGCAGGAGGUGGACAGCUUGAAGAAGAGACUGGCUGAACUAGAGGAGAGACAUGCAGCCAAAGUCCAAGCUCUCAUGAGUACCCGCUAUCGCUUUCAUGACGAGAUGUUUAUAGUUCUCUUGUAA